CACACACACACACACCCCUCUCCUUCAAUCUCAUUCUGAGCUUGGAUAGAGUGAAGGGAAAAAAAAGGAACGAAAAUCUGGACGGACUGAAUCGGCCAGAGAAGUUUCUAGAAGCCGGGUGGAUCGGAGAGGCCCGGCUCCCGGGAGUGGGGGUUGGGAGAAGAGAAAGGAGGGUGGUCCGGUUGGGGAGUGAGGGGGCGAGCCACCGACCGUUGAGAUGGGGCUGAAAGCGGACGGUUGCCGGCGUCUGUUCCGCUAUCUGAACCACCCCGACCAAGUGGCCCGCUUUCAGCAGCUAUGCGGCGUACAGCCCGUCCACACCGCGCCCCCGCCGCCGCAGGCUAACGGCGACUGCCGGCCUCCCGCCGGGGACACGGCGAACCGGAGCGGCGCCACGCACCGCCGCGGCGGGGACCAGCCGCCCUCCCCUCACUCGGACUGCGGCAAGAAGAACGGCGUCGCCUGCCCGCCGUCGUGCGGCGACACCCCGGGAAGCAAAGUGGCGGAGGACGAGGGGGCUGCCGAUCCGACAACCGAGAAGAAGAAACCCAGGCGGAGGAACUCCCUGAACGAGGAGGCGGGGGGCACUGAGUUCAUCAUCCGCAACCGGCUGCUCUAUUACUUGUUCAGCUUCGGCACAGAGCUGGGCAACGAGCUCUUCUACAUCACCUUCUUCCCCUUCUGGCUCUGGAACAUCGACCCGUAUGUUGGCCGCCGGCUUAUCGUUAUCUGGGUGUGGGUCAUGUACCUGGGCCAGUGUACCAAAGACAUCAUUCGCUGGCCCAGGCCCCGCUCUCCUCCCGUGGUCAAGGUGGAGAUAUUCUACGACUCCGAGUACGGGAUGCCCUCCACACAUGCCAUGUCGGGCACGGCCAUCCCUUUCUCGCUUUUCUUCCUCACUGUUGGCCGGUGGCAGUAUCCAUAUGCAUUUGGACUACUCCUGGCUUCAAGCUGGUGUAUCCUUGUUUGCCUCAGCCGACUCUACAUGGGGAUGCAUUCUAUUCUGGAUGUCAUUGCUGGUGUGCUUUACAGCAUCUUGAUCCUGAUCAUCUUCCACCCAGCUUUGGACAUAAUUGACAACUUCAACUUAACCUACAAGUAUGCUCCUUUGUUCAUCAUCAGCCUUCACUUAGGAAUGGGACUCUUUUCAUUUACCCUUGACACGUGGAGCACAUCCCGUGGUGACACUGCCGAGAUUCUAGGCACUGGCGCAGGUAUCGCUUGUGCGUCUCAUUUCAAUCACAUGUUUGGCAUAUUACCAGACCCUCCUCUUGAUGCUCUGCCGUUUUCUCCCCCAGUAAUCUCAGUUAAUCUUAUUACAAGAGCAUUUUUGCGUUUUGCGGUUGGGGUAAUUGUUCUGUUACUAACCAGAGCAGUGCUAAAAGCAUGCACUAUCCCUCUGGCCUGCAAGAUAUUCCGUAUUCCAUGCACUGACAUCCGCCAGGCACGGAAGAGAAUGGAAGUGGAACUUCCCUAUCGUUACAUGACAUAUGGAAUGGUAGGAUUUGUGGCUCUCUUUCUGGUUCCCUCCUUAUUUAAUUACCUGAAUCUCUCUUGAUGGGAGGAAAGUGUCCUUUUUGACAGAACCAUUAAUUACAAGCUGGAAUGCUAAGUUUUAGAUGGGCAUGUACCAGAUUGAUUGAUUACCUGUUCAGCCUCUACCCUUGAGCAGACAUCUGUUUGGCCACGUACACCUGCAGUUGCCUGAAAGUGAAAGCUGAGAUAUGACCACUGUUUGAAGAAGUUGGUUGUUUUCCUACAUCCAGAUGGAAGAUUUGAGAGACUAGUCUUCUGAAGACCAUACAAGGAGAAGGAACUCUUUUAAUGUUUAUGAAAAUGCUUAUUAAUUAAGAUCCUGCAAAAGCUGAUUAAAUCUGCAGAAUGAGUACAAGUAUAAUAUAAGUGACUGAAGUUUCAGGUAUCUAACAGUUUAUUCGAUUGUGCCUUUUAGUUUUAUUGAAUAAGAAUUGCUGUAAUUUCACCAGUGGUUAUUAUAAAUUUUAACUGCCUCAGAUGAUGAGUUGUGCAACAUUUUUCGACAUUCCAUUCUGUUUUAGUCUGUUAAUUAUUUAAGUUUGGGUCACGCCCCUAAUUUGCAACUGAAAGAUACCUUCUAAGUGCUGCAGUUAAUUUUUUUUUUCAUCAGAGCACUGAUUUUUUUUUUUGGCCAAAACUUUUUUUUUCCUAACUUUAGUUAAUCACAUUGUUUUAAAUGAAAAUGUGGUGUUGGGACACAAAAAACCCAUUAACUUUUUAAGAUUUUGGAAUCCUUGACACUAUGUUUAUUGUUUAAAUUUUCAACCUGAGAUGGUCUAGUUAAAUCUGAUUACUUAUGCCCCACUUUUUAGACACCACAUAAGAUUUGGGACACUGAAUCAAAUGAAGUACUGAAAUCUAAAAGUUGUAGUUCCCCAGUUGAAAGUUGGAUCUAGUUCACCUCAACUGCCCUCUGAAAACACAAUCCCAUGUAACAUGAUUUAUAAAUUUCUCGCAACAAUGAAAGGAUUCUCCAAUAUGCUAAGCCUUUUCUGAGUUCUGAACUCAGUUGAAAGGGAUGGUACUACAAUGGUUUAUCUGUUAAAUGCUUCAAAGAUGUUGGGGAAUUGCACCUUUUGCAGUGAAUCAAUAAUAAAGCAAUAACUCUAAAUGUAGCUUCUGCAGAUGGAAGUGUGGGAGACAUUUCAGUAAUAAGGGAGCAGCAGAAAUUCAUCCAGAUUUGGGGCUAGGUAUUGCUGCAUGUUUUCCUACAUUGAUAACCACUUUGUACACAACGUCAAAGAUGCUAGUGAUUUCCUGCACUGAAAUAAACCACAAUAUGCCUUUUGUUUUUGUGCAUGGCUUUUUCAGCUUUGCCCUAUAUGUAAUGCUGGUAAUUAUGAAUCUGCUGCAAUGUAUGAGGAAAUUAUUAGCUUAAAGUGCUGUUCUGAUUUCUUCAGUUAUUGACUUACAUGUGCGCUGACUUGUGUUAUCAUGAAAGCUGCCUUUAUUUGAAACCUGUUCAAUAAGUGGACUAUCUUGUCUUUCUCACGGUUGGGGGAAGGUGGUUGUUAUUUUAAUCUUAUUUUUCUGCAGUUCAAACCUUUCCCAAUAGGAUAACAUGCUCCCUCAAGAAACUUACUGUUUUUGAUGCAUCCAUUUCUUGGUUCCAGCGUUUGUGCACAAUUUGUCACCUGAGGUAACAGUGCUGCUUUUUGGUUAUUGUUAGUUUGUAAAUGUGGAUUGGGUGACUUUGUAACCAUUGAUCAUUCUUGCAGGAACUCAAACUGUACAUGAGUACACAGCAUUAAUCACGACCAUAUUCUUGUUAACAUGAGAAAGUUGAUAUUUGUCUAUAGAAUAAACAUUUUUGUUUCCUUUUCUGUGCCCAUUGCCUUAUUCCUUGUAGCAGAAAGCCCAAUAGGAAGAAUGUUUGAACUGAGCAAGCAUGAUAUUUUGCAUGUUCAGAUGUGUGGAGGAAUUGCUGGUUGUAUUUAUAUUAAUGUCACUCUGAAGACAGACUACUAUAACUCUGUUUUUGAACUGACCAUAAAAUUUCAUUUUUUUUCUUGCCUUAAAAAUCAGGCACUCCAGUCUCACCUCUAUAAAAUCUUUUGUGUCAUCUCUACCUUUUUAUUGUGGUAUGUAUUGAGAGAAUUGUUAUUUAGUUGAACAUGUACUGCAAAAACCCUGUUUUUGUUUUUUAAAAGUGUGGCCAGAGUUUUGUUGGCGAGAAAAAUUUUCCUUUUUAGUUUGUGUCGAAAGCUUUUUUUCGUUCUUUAAAAAAUCUUAAGACUGAACAGUUAUCAAAUUGUCUCAUAUCAUACGUCUUCAUCUUUUUUCUGAAAUGAUAGCAAACUCUAUUUUCUUCAAUUCCAUGUGUAAUGUGCUGUAGGCAAGUUAACAUCUUGCAAGAAAGGAAGUGUCCUGUUCGUCAUGUGAAUGACCAGAAAAGGUUCUUCUGAAAAAAUCCAUCCGUGUCUCUGGAUAUUCUUCCCAUUGGGCUUUCAGCUUACUGGAUUGAAAGUAUUGAUGUACAGAUUGAAGAUUUGACUUGUGUUAAACUUCUGGAGUAUUAAUUGUUUAAAAAGGAAGUGUGUCACUCCUGCACUUGAUGAAAUAGUAUUUUUUUCAUUUGUGUAAUUUGUCUUGGGACAGUACAUCUUAUUCAAACUAUGUAAUUGUUACAAUCAUAGGCAUGAAAAAGAUUCUACUGAACCUGAUUGACUCACUGGUUUACGUUUUUUAAAAAUCCAAUUCGAAAUUAAUUUUGAGAUGAAGUUUUAUUUGACCUUACUAGAAUAAGUGCUUAUUUCUAUACUGUAUUUCAGCAGUAUUCUGUGAUAUUACACUUUUUGUCCUGCAUUCUAUUUCGCUACGCUUUUGCAUAGGUAUGUAGACUCAUUGUCAUUGAUAGCACUGGAUUCCUGAGGUAAAAUACUGAAGAGUAUAACAUGGAAAAGAGGGUAAAUAAUUAAUACAUUUUGUUCUCUAUAGGGCCAUACUGUGAACACCAAACUAUCCCAUUGAAUUUUAGUGCUUGGCUAAAACCAUCAAGAAAUCUUUAUACAAGAUGACGUUAGCAGAUUACUGCACUGUGUGGUGAGACUCUACUAACCAACAGUGCUGCAAUACUUUGUUGAAUUGUGUAGAACAUUUGGUGAAUUGGGAUGUAAUAUGGUUGUAGUUUGAAACUUUACUUUGAAUCAGCUAUUGUUUUAUUAUUUGGCAUUUUCUUAUUCCUCCUGUAUCCCCACCCCAUGCAUCCACCCCUAUCUUUUACACUCGUGCAUGCUCCCACACAGACCUUGGAAAUACUUAAAAAAUACAUCUAUGGUUUUUUACUGAUCCAUCUUUUGUGGAGAGUUGUGACAAUUACAGCAGAUUUAUUAAGAAGCUUCUGACCUACUGCAAUGGCAUCUAUCCCUUGUAAAUUAAUAUCAGUAUCUUCCUGCAUAAUUUAUUAAUUUAGACAAAAUGAAGGAAGACAAUGAAUUAUCUCUCUAGUGCAAAGGCAGCUGAAUGUCCUGGAUUUUGACAAAUGUUUUCCCUUCCUUGGCAGUGACAUCUCUGUGGAUAGACAGUGUGCCAUAGAAAUUCAAAAACCCUCUGAUCCUACCCCAACCCAAGUUAAUCAUUUGAGUUGGGGUGCCUUCAUGGGCAUUGACAUUGAUCUUAAUGUCAGUGAGGUUAAAGAAGGAAAAAUUGGCUUGUAUUCAUUCUGUUGAGCACCAUUGAGAUGCAUGUGUGGAACUUGGCAAGGAUCAGUCCUGACUGUAAUGGAGGCCAUUACUGUUCUGUAUGAUUGACCAGGGACUAAUCUAAUGCACUGUGUUCCCCCAAACAUUAUCCCCCUCCACUCCUCAAACUAUCCUGAUGCUCGUGAAGAAAGCCUAAACAGCCAGUUGUGCAUUGUUGGUUGUCAUUGUAAAAGUGCUUGCUCUAUUUUUUUUGAUCAAUGCAGAAAAAGUUAAUUACUUUUAAGCAAGGAUCUUCCAAAUGGACAUAUGUUGAUUUUAUGAGUUGAAUGUUCUUGUCAGCUCAUAGCAGCAUAAAAUUGUCUUAUGAAUGUGAUGUAACACCCACAAGUUGUUCAAAAAACCGUAGAUUCUUUUUAAGAAGAAUGGUGUUCUUGAAUACGAGGAUGCUUUUUUUGUUCAGCCCUUAAUGUUAAUGUCGGCUGAGUCAUGGAAAACAUGUUUAAAUGUGGACAUUUCAUUUUCAUGUAAGAUUAAAUUGUUAUGUCAAACUACAUUUGAGACUAUAUAAACAAUAUAAUGAUUCAUUCUGAACAUGGAACUUUAGAUUAUUGUAGUCUAGUAAUCCCACUGGUGGAUCUCCCUUUAUUGUAUUCCACACAUCUCUAAAUGAGGCUUGUCAGUUUUGGGACAGACAAGUGUUUUUUAAAAAUUAUGACCAAAGUAGGUCUCUGGAAUACUUUACUUUUUUUUUUAAAAGGGCAUUUUGGGAUGAUGGAACUUGAAUGCAAAAGUGAGUUUUGCCAUUUAAACGAGUAUAUACACUUUUCAGUGCUGAAAGAUCUAUUUAGACAAAAAAGGCUUUCUUUUACAAAAUGUACCAUUGAAAAGGGAAAGUGGAGUUGAAGAACUGGCUGAAACCAGUGUUUUUUAACCCUUUAUGGGAUAAACAAAACACAAUUGAAUCUUGUAAUUUUCUGAAGUUACCAUCCUUCAAGGAUUAAAAGCAUAUUGAGUGAAAUGGCUUUAUUUAUUAAAGCACUAAAUGCAGUUCCUUAGGUUUCAAAUGGAUUAGUUAUUUUCUAGUUUAAAAAAAUCUAUUGAUCAUUAACAGUCAUCCAAUAACUUGGCCUCCAUAACUUCCACGUGCACAUACAGGAGAAUUGCUAUUUUGUUGAAACUAUAUGAGUGUCAUGCUACCCCUCAUUGGCUCCUUGCAAGUGGUGUACAUAUGGGAGUGGAAAGUGAAAGUUUUACAUGGGAGUGGCUCAGUAGAAACUUUAGUACAGGGUUGGCACCACACUGGCAAUCAGUGAAUUCCUGGAAAAUAUAUUAAAGAAAAUAUCCUGUCUCUCUCAACUGUAUAUCUUAUGGAGCCCCUGCUAUUUCAGCUGCCUAAAAUCUGGAGAGAGAGAUUACAUAGUUUGUGGAGUGCUAGCAAGUACUUGCCUAGAAUUGCAGUGGUUGUAGGAUUGUCCUCUUUAAAUUCCAUCUGAACAAUUCACAAAAGUUGCGAAAAUAAAUGUAUUCAUUAUGGCAUAUUUCAACUUUAUUGUAUCACUGUUGACUGUAAUGGAUUUGUGAAUUCAUGUGAGACCACUCAAAACUCAACAGAAAAUGCAUGUAAAAUCCUUUGGUCACUGCCAGAUCAUUCAUGCAUGGGAUUCUUCAAACUACACAGAUUUGUAAAGUGAUUGAAAUUAACUUUUUUAUAUUUCCUUCCUAGUUACUGUUUGAUCUUUUUUAACCUUUUUUUUUCAACAAGCCAGCUAAAGGUAUUUGUGAUGGCCUUGCCUUUGCCUUCCCUGAUGCAACUUCUUGCUAAUGCUUUUAGAUGUUAACCUUUACAAUAACUAAAUUGUAAUCUGUAAUGAAGAUAGGGAGACUCCUUUCUCUCCAUCUAUUUCAUUUAAAAAAACACUUAAAGCUAUUGGAAGCACUGGCAUUGCAAUUUGAGAUUAUCCAUUUUAGCCCAGCUAGCUAGGAUGUUGUAUCUGAGUGCAACCAAUAUUAGAAAAAAAUGGAGAAUUUGGAUGAUCUGAUUGUGUGGAAAUUUGGUGUGUUUUCUGCAGUCUUCAGUGUAUUUUUUAUUAAACUCAGUUGUUUGAGGAAUAUUUCAGGUCAGAGGGCAUGCAGGGAAGGAAAUUGCUCAAAGUCUAUAGUCUUAAAAACAUGGUACGAUUCUUGGUUGACAUAUAUCUGCAGCAGAUUUGGAAAAAUUAAGCUACGGGUAUAUGGAGAGACUAAAGAGUAAAUGUAUGGAUAAUUAAAUAUGUUUAAUUGUUCUUUCUUGAAUGUUGAACAGUUAUAAAGAUGUGUUGUAUUAUUUUACUUGUGUUAAUGAAACCUAGAACAAAAUGUUUUUACAAUGUUAUGUUGGUAACACCAUAAGAGUAUUAUGUCUUGUCAUGAGCAUGAGUUUGUUGUUUUUCUUAAACUCUUAAAAUCUUUUAAAUGUUAGUUUUCAGAUCACAAUCUCCCCUUGAACCCUGUGGCUUUUAACUAUUGUAACAGUUUGUGUUAAUCAUUGAUUUUCAUCCCCAUCCUCCAACAGUUGUUAAUUCUGCUGGUCAGCGAUAUCCUGUAUGUGAUACAGCUCACAAUUCAUUUACGUAAUUGCAGUUUGCACUAAGCUUAAAAUAAAAAGUACAAUGAAACUUG